AUGCAGUCGACCAUCGCCAGCGCCGUGUCAAAUUUCCUAACCAUGAAUCUUGACACUGUUUCCAUCCGCGUGGGAGAGAAGGAUAUCUCGGUUUAUAAGGAUCUCCUCACACAAGUGUCGCCCUACUUUGAGAAGGCUUUCAACGGGUCCUUCAAAGAGGCUGAUGAGCGACACAUCACCUUGGAGGGCGUCAGUGAGCAGACAUUUAGGGAAUUCCUCUACUGGAUUCAUGCACAAAGCCUGCAGUUUGACACGUCUUCGACUGCACUCGACCACAGUGCAAUCCUUCCACCGGAUGAAGUUGCUAGGCUUGCAGCGUCUGUCGACGAGACUGCUGGCGCAAUUGAAGAGGACAGCGACGAAGAGGACGAAGACUAUAAGAGCGAUACAACGAGUGAGACUAAACACACUCCGGCGUUCGACGAAGACGCAUUUUACACACGCUGCGAGGCUGAGGAAACGUAUUGUGCCAGCCCGACGUGGGCAGAACAUUCAGAGUUGUUCUGUGUCGCCAUGGCGAAGCUCUUCGUAUUCGCUGACAAGUACUCGGUACAUCAGCUCCGCGACGACAUCUUGACCGCUCUCAUUGGCCAGUGCUGGAAAUGGAACUGGUUUCCGGAUGAGGAACACCUAGCAGACGUGGUUUACAGUGACUUGCCAGGUGCCUCGAAAUUCGUGAAAUUCCUUGCCGGCUGUAUAGCUUGCUCGGAGCUUUCUGCAUCCAAGGGAGAUGCUGCUCGCCGAAUGCAGUCCCUGCGAGACAUCAACCCGGAUAUUGCAUUUGAAGUUGGUGUUACAUACGCAGAGAUGGUGCAAGGGCACCAAGACCACGACAUAUUGGUUGACCUUUCUCGCAGCAUGCCAAACUCCUGCCUCUAUCACGACCACUCCCUCUUUGACGAAGAGCAAUGCCGCAAGCGCAUCGCUGACAGGCCGCACAUUUUCACUGCUAUCCUAGUUGCCUGCGCCAAGGAUGUUAGAGGCGCAUCAUGA